AUGUCUUCAUCUUCGCGGAGAGAACCUAACGGAUUUGAUCAACGUGUGAAAAUUGAUGAAAGAUCACCAUUAAUUUCAGAAACAAAUAACACUAACCUUGGUAUUCGAUUAAAUGAUGUAAUUGAAAUAAAAACUUUCAGCGCUCGAGAAGCAAUUUAUCUUCUUAAAAAGGCAUUUCCAGCCUUUUUUGCGUUUUUGCUUCUACAAGUUCUACAAGUUACCAAUGUAUUCUUUAUAGGACAUUUGGGACAAGCGGAACUAGCUGGUCUCGCUUUAGGAACUAUGGUAAAUCAAAGAAUUAUUUGGCUAUUAUCUGAACAAAUUCUGAUUUAUCUGGGGCAAGAUGCAGAAUUAUCGCAUUAUGCUGCGUUAUAUUUACGUUAUUUACUUUUGGGAGCGCCACCUGCCCUUAUUUUUUGGUGUUUGGAAAAAUUCUUGCAAGGUCAAGGUAUCAUGAAGGCAACAACAUAUGUUCUUGCAAUAUGUUGUCCAAUAAAUAUUUUCCUUAACUAUGUUCUUAUUUGGGGGCCAUUAUCUCUUGGUUACAUCGGUGCGCCAAUUGCUACUACAAUAAUACAUUGGCUAAUGUUAUUACUUACAUUCCUUUAUAUAAAAUACAUUGAUGGGUAUGAUGUUUGGGGAGGAUGGUCGCAUUCAAGUUUCAAAGAUUGGUCAUCAUUCACGAGACUUGCAUUACCAGGAAUGUUAACAUCAUGCGCAGAUUGGUGGAUUUAUGAAUUAAUCGCAUUAUGUGCGGGUUAUUUUGGAAGUGUAUCUUUAGCAAGUCAUCGAUUAAUUCUUACGAGUACGCUGUUAUUAUUUCAGAUACCACAUAGUUUGGCAGUAGCUGCAUCAAAUAGAGUUGGUAAUUUAUUAGGUGCUGGCUUACCAAACAGAGCAAUAAUAACUACAAACACGUCACUAUUGCUUGCUGUCAUCGGUGCUACAUGCAAUGCAAUGAUAUUACUUUGCUUUAAGGAUUCUAUAGGAUAUUUUUUCACACAUGACGAAGAUGUUGUAAAAAUGGUAGCAUCAAUUCUACCAUUAGCAGCUAUAUUUCAGCUUUCUGAUGGUGUUGGUAACAUAGGAAGUGGUGUUCUUCGAGGGCAAGGACGAUUAAAAAUAGUCGCUGCAAUAUUUCUUCCAGCCUUUUAUUUAAUUGGUUUACCUUUGGGUCUCAUGUUUGCAUUUAAAUUUAGUAUGGGUUUAAAAGGACUUUGGACAGGUGUUACUUGUGCUUCUAUAAGCAUGGCUGUUGGAAUAUUUUUGGCUGUAUCGAUGACUGAUUGGAAAUGGGAGGUUGAAGAAUGUUUUCGGAGAGUUAAAAGUGAAUUAAUUGUUGAUGAUGCGGGUGAAUUAUAG